AUGUCAAGGAGGGCAUGGCCGCCAAAGAUUCGGAGUUUGCUAUUGGUGUUCGAAUACCGCGAGGCCCACUUCCUAUCGCUUCAGUCGAUUUUGGACACGUCGGCGGACUUUCCUGGCUUACCUAGUGACAUUCCAUUUCCAUUUGACAUCUCGGAAAUGGAUCUCGAGCGCAUCAAGCUGGAUAAUGAUGAUGCGGUAGCAGGAACUGAGCUUAUGUCUGAGGUCAAAGAGGAAAUGGGCGAUCGGUGGCCCGACAGAGGCCUUGUCGAACACGAGCGAUACGAUGACUGCAAAGCUGCCCUUGACGAAGUCAAAGGUCAAAUACCGGACCAAUUCGCUGACAACGACGAGGAAAAAGCCGAGUACCAGCGUUAUUGGCCGUUUGAAUGA